UGUUUCUUCAGCCAGUGCCGUUUCUGGGUCGCGUUCCUUUCUUCCUUCCUUCUUUUUCCCCCCUACAAACAAAAACAAAGCAACAUUCCCUUUUCUAUCUGUUUCCUUCGCGAACCAGCAACAACCCCCGGCGCACGAUAGCGCCAUCGCUUUCGUUACGCGGUUGGUAACCGUCUCUCUUUCAUCACCGUUUUUAUUUCCAUUCACAAAACCAACAACCUCUCUGUGAUUUUUCUUCACUUUUCUCUCUCGGAACAAAACGGAGGAUCCGUCAUAGUAUUGAGGAACUCGUUUGCUGCUUAGGAUCAUCAAAAUUUCUCCAGUAUUCUCUGCCAAGUCAAAUAUUGGCUAAUGUGGGUGGGACAUUCAUCUAUGUACAAGCGCACUCCUUCGAGAGAUAAUUCAAACAUGGAGGACAUGGAAGAAAACUCAGAUCUUUUAGACAUCGGCCUGGACAAGGGAACAUCAAAUCCUUCAUUGAUGCUUUCUUUACCGCAUGUACUUGUGGCGACCAUUUCUUCAUUCCUUUUUGGAUACCAUCUGGGGGUUGUUAAUGAACCACUUGAGAGCAUUUCUGUGGAUCUUGGCUUCCGUGGAAAUACAUUGGCAGAAGGUCUGGUGGUGAGCAUAUGCCUUGGUGGUGCCUUGAUUGGAUGUCUACUAAGUGGUUGGAUUGCUGAUGGGGUGGGGCGUCGUAGGGCUUUCCAGUUGUGUGCUCUGCCAAUGAUAAUUGGUGCUUCUAUGAGUGCAGCAACAAACAACUUGUUUGGCAUGCUUGUAGGAAGGUUGUUUGUUGGGACUGGCUUGGGCCUGGGCCCUCCUGUUGCCUCUCUGUAUGUGACAGAGGUUUCUCCUGCUUUUGUGCGGGGCACCUUUGGAGCUUUCAUCCAGAUUGCAACAUGCCUUGGUCUAAUGGGAGCUUUAUUUAUUGGAAUCCCUGUCAAAGAAAUUUCUGGAUGGUGGCGGGUUUGUUUUUGGGUAUCUACCAUUCCAGCUGCUAUACUUGCCGCAGCUAUGGUCUUCUGCGCAGAGAGUCCGCAUUGGUUAUACAAGCAAGGAAGAACUGCUGAAGCAGAAGCUGAGUUUGAGAGACUUCUGGGUGUAUCAGAAGCAAAAUUUGCAAUGUCGGAGUUAUCCAAGGUAGAUAGAGGUGAUGAUACUGAUACUGUAAAGCUGUCGGAAUUGCUUCAUGGUCGUCAUUCUAAAGUUGUUUUUAUUGGAUCAACCCUAUUUGCUUUACAACAGCUAUCUGGUAUAAAUGCUGUGUUUUAUUUCUCUUCAACUGUUUUUAAAAGUGCUGGAGUCCCAUCAGACAUUGCAAAUGUCUGCAUAGGAAUCGCUAAUUUGGCAGGAUCUAUCGUUUCAAUGGGUUUGAUGGAUAAGCUUGGAAGGAAGGUUCUACUUUUCUGGAGUUUCUUUGGCAUGGCAAUAGCAAUGAUCCUUCAAGCCACAGGAGCAACUUCACUUGUAUCAAACGUGGGAGCUCAGUACUUUUCUGUUGGUGGCAUGUUACUGUUUGUCUUAACAUUUGCUCUGGGGGCUGGUCCAGUUCCAGGUCUCCUUCUACCAGAAAUCUUUCCUAGUCGAAUAAGAGCCAAAGCCAUGGCAGUCUGUAUGUCAGUGCAUUGGGUGAUAAAUUUCUUUGUUGGACUACUGUUCUUGCGUUUGCUGGAGAAACUUGGUCCACAGCUGCUUUACUCCAUGUUUGCUACCUUUUGCAUCAUGGCAGUAACUUUUGUAAAAAGAAAUGUGGUGGAAACCAAAGGGAAGUCACUUCAUGAAAUUGAGAUCGCACUUCUUCCUCAAGACUAGAUCUCUAUUCAUUUGAUUGCUCUAAUUUUGCAUAGUUUUUCGGCUGAGCAGAUUGUGUUUCGUCUAUUUUGGUUGACCUUAACAUUACAAGGGGAAGCUCAGGAACUAUGCAUUGUUUUGCUGCAACAUUAGUACGAAGAGGCUUAGGUAUUAUGGCUAGCUGUGAUGUAGUAGGUGGUACUAUUAGCGGCUUACAACACGAGACCCUUCUGUUGUUACUCGCGGCUUGUGAUUCUAUGAUUUGGCAUCCACGUAAAGGGAGACAUAAUUCAUCAGGGGGGAUCUAUGCAUCCCAUAAUAUUCCAUAAAUGUACUACUUUAUGUAAUAUUAUAUAUGUUUCUGUACGUGACAUUAUUUUUAAUCGCUUCAAUUUUGUCCCAUUUUGGAUACGAAGUAGUCUAGCAUGUAAAUUCUGUUGCAGAGUAUAUCGAGGAAAAUGGGAAGAAGCUUUGUGUGAUUAAGAAAUAA